AUGACGUUUACCACGACACGGCCAAUAGCGACUUAUGGCGCUAACUCUAUGGUUGGCCGUGGAACUCGCGUAUAUGAGGCACGCAAUGAGGUUACUGGAAAGGCGGUUGUUUUAAAAGACUCGUGGGGAGAUUUUGGCCGUGACGCGGAGGGCGCCAUAUUAGAGCAGAUUCUGCUGGCUAUUCGGGAAAAGUUUAAACAUGAAGCAGUAGAAGCAGAAAAA